AUGCUGAGUUGCACAGCCUCUAGCCUCUCAGGCGACAGGACAGAGGCGCAACUUCGGAAGAAGGCCGUCAUCCUCGAUACUGACAUAGGAGACACCAUUGACGAUGCCUGGGCUCUCGCCUUACUGCUCCGUGCCCCGGACGUAGAUCUCAAACUGGUGCUGAUGAGCUUCGGCGGUGAAGAGGAGUUGAUCAACCGCGCACGUGUGGCUCGUCAUCUCCUAGACACAGCUGGUGCUCAUCACGUGCCCGUCGGAAUCGGAGUUCGCGGCGCCAAGGGCCUGGAGAAGUGCCCAAAUUUGGGUAGCUACUGGAUGCCUGGCAGUGACCCGUCCACACACUUCUUGGAGGACGGCGUUGGUGCCAUGCUGGAUGUCGUGAAGUUCCAUGCUGCUCACUCAGCAAUCUCACCCGUGACCAUCAUCUGCAUAGGUCCGGCCACCAACAUUGCUGCAGCUGUGCGGCGAGGCGGUGCUGCUUUUGCCCAAGGUGCCAAGCUGAUAGGGCAGUUCGGGAAGUUGAAGGCUUGUUCUGAGUUGAAGGCAGGCAGCAUGAGCGGAUCCAGUCUAAGACCUCCAGCUGAUGACAAGCUGGCCGUGACCUUCGAUGAUGAGGCCGACGUAAACUCUGCCUACGACCCCGGUUCCCUGCAGGAAGUUCUGCGUGCACCUUUUCUCAGCAUCACCUGCUGCACGUUGGAGCUGGUCGGCUCUGCCAGCGAGAACUUCUCCAAGGCAAGGUACCAGGCCCUCUGCAGAGCCCAAGAGCCUUUGGUCAAGGCAGUGCUGGCUUUGGAUUCGAAGUACGACACCUACAUGCGCUGCUUGGGUGCAAGACAGCAAGAGACAUGGUAUUCAGAUCUGAGGCCCAUGCAAGACCUGCCAAGCAUGUUUUGGGAUGCAGCCGUCGUGUUUGCAGCGAUGAGAUCCUGCGGCACUUUGUCGUUUCCGUGGAGCCAAGCGUUUGCGCAGGAGUCGCACACAUCACACAACAGGCCUGUAGAAAUAGCUUGGGGCUGGUCUGCGGACGUGGAGGAAGACUUCAGCAACCUUCUGGUCAAGCGACUCUUGGGCGCUUCUGAAUCCCGCGAGGAAAUCCUGCUAUUGGCUCCCGGAUCUCACUGCGAUGAGCAAAGAGAUCGGCUGGAAGCAAGCACAUUACCUGUGAGUCCUUCCUCAGCAGCACAUGAGCAUGCAGGCACAACGGAGCUGAAGCAGGGCAACUUCGUUUUGGGCUUGCUCUACUUCAACGUCUUCUUGGACAUGCUUGGUUUUGGGCUGAUCCUUCCAUUGAUGCCGUACUUGGGGACCAAGUUCCACGCAGAUUCUGUUGGGCUUGGGCUCCUGACUUCGAUGUUCUCGAUCGCGAAGUUCUUCGGGUCCAUUGCUUUCGGGAUGGCUGCGGACCGCAUCGGCAAGAAGACGACCAUCGGCGUGUGCGCCCUGGGGUGCAUGGUCAGCUAUCUAGCCAUGGGCUUCGCAGACGACUUCAAGGUUCUGGUCCUCACUCGGGGGCUUGCAGGCUUCUUUUCCAACACUGUGGUUGUGGCGCAGAGUAUCGUGCCAGGCGCUGUGCCAGCGGACCAGAUGCCCAAACAUCAAGGCUACAUCGGAGCUGCCAUUGGAGCAGGCAUCGCCUUCGGGCCCAGCAUCGGCGGAGGCCUGGCGCGCUUCGGGAUCCGGAGCCCCAUCUUCCUGACGGCGGCGCUGUGCGCCGCGAACUUCGCCCUGGUCCUGGGCUUCAUGCCCAGGUUUGGGCCCGCAAGAUCCGCGGCUUCGGGGAGUUUGGCUCCUAGGGAGGCACCUGCAGGGAAGGCUAGGAGGUGCCAGGGAGCCUUGCAGAUCACCUUGGUAUUGAUGUCUACCUUGGCCUUCUGGCUGGGCUACGCGUCCUUCGAGGCGCUGGGGGGCCUCUACUUCGCCGACAGCUUAAACAUGGGCCCCGGGGAGUUUGGCUUCGUCUGCACCCUGACCGGCGUGGUGCAGCUCGUGCUUCUCGCUGGCAUGGUGAAGCCCCUGGUGCGGUGCACCGGGGAGAUAGGUGCGGGAGCACUUUCUUUCACACUCAGCGCGCUCGGGUGGCUCCUCUUCAUGGUCCAGUUGCGGUGGCUUCCAUACGUGGCAGCUGUUCUGGUCGGUGCAGGAUUCAUGGUGCAGGCGGUGCAAGCCAACCUUCUCUCCUCAAUGAGUUCCCCCGCGUUUGUGGGCACGCUGCUCGGAGUGAAUCAGGCCAUGGCUUCCCUUGGCCGUAUAGUGGGGCCUCUCAUGGCAGGAGUGAUCUAUCCAUACCUUCCGCGGGGGAUCUGGAUCGCCUCUGCUAGUUGGGCUCUCCUUGGCAUCAUGUCCUUUCUGGUGCUCCUUGCAAUGGUGCACCUCACUUCGACUCACGAUCGGCUCACCUGCCCCAAGCAUCUUGGGGCAGAGGCUGGGGCAGGUAAAGACGACUUGGAGCGCGCAUGUUGA